GCGGAAGAGAGAACAUACGCUGCCGCGCGGCCUUGUCGACUGGAUGAAGACCAAGGCCAUGAACUACGAGACGGAGACGAUUCACCAUCACAAUGAGACGCUGGGCGACUUGAAUGCAGCACACGCAUGCCCCAGUGGACGCAUGAAGAUGGAGGAGCUGUUCCGGCAAUGGCUGUCGCUCGACACGACCAAGGACAUGAUCUGCACGUUGGUCGACGACGUCAAAAACGGGCGCGAAGUCGUCGUGCCGACACCAGGGGGUGUGUCCAUUCUAGGGUCCGUGUCUCCGAGCAACAGCAGCCUCGCCGAUCCGUGUCGGUCGCCAAAGCGACCACCCAACCACACACCAACCCAUGUCCAGCACAUUCGAAAAAAAUCGCAUGGGAACUCCGACGAGAUGCAUGUAGAGCUUCUGCAACCGUUGCACCUGUCCGUGACGUCACCUGAAGACUUGUCGGACGACACGUCGUCCCGCAUCCCAAAGUUCUACUUCCCCAAGGAAGGCGGCCGCGGUCGAGGACGGGCGUACUCGCGUGACCAACUGAAUCGGAAAGAGCGCGAUAUCGACGAACGGUUCCAGCUCGCCGGUGCAGGUCCGGAAGGUCUGAACGUGGACUCGUUCGUGUCGAUCACGAAGGAUCUGUGUGGGUUCCCAAGCUUCUUCAACCUCCCGCUCUUCCAGCGCAUUCGAUGCGUGGGUGGCAGCCCCAGCGCCGAGUUCGACCCGGCCACGACCUUUGUCACAAAGGAGAUGUUCCAGACGUUCUGGACCGUCGAAAUCGAACCGUACGACAACGUCGAGCGCUUUUUCCGCCUCGUCAAGCAACCCGCCCACGACUACAUUGAGCACAGCGACUUUGCUCCGUUUCUGCAUGAACUGCUCAAGUACCACCCAGGGUUGGAAUUCUUGUCUGGCACGCCCGAGUUCCAGGAGAAAUACGCGGCGACGGUGGCCGUGCGCAUCUUUUACAUGGUGGACAAGGACAGCAGCGGCCGCAUCACGCUCCGGAAGCUCCGACGAAGCAACUUGGUGCACGCGUUCAACAUUGUCGACGAAGAAGAGGACAUCAACAAGGUGAAUGCGUACUUUUCGUACGAGCACUUUUACGUGCUGUACUGCAAGUUUUGGGAACUGGACACAGACCACGACUUCCUCCUGAGCCGGGACGACCUCAUGCGAUACGGGGGCCACGCGCUCACGCGGGUGAUCGUGGACCGCAUCUUUGACGCGGGACGGCGGCCAUUUGCGCGCAUUCAGUCGCUGUCCGUCGAGGACAAGACCAAGAUGAGCUACGAAGACUUUAUCUACUUUAUGCUAUCCGAGGAAGACAAGGGCAACCCCGUGAGUCUGCGAUACUGGUUUGAACUGAUUGACCUCGACGACGACCAUGUGAUCCGCGCCGACGAGAUGCGCAUGUACUACAACCACCAGAUCCACCGCAUGGAGUGUCUCGGGCAGGAAGUGGUGCCGUUUGAGGACAUUAUGUGCCAAAUGUCCGACCUGCUGCGCCCCGCCGUGGAAGGCGACUUCAAAUUCCCCGACUUUGUGCGCCCCGAGAAGAUCCGGCUCUCGGGCGUGUUCUUCAACGUGCUGUUCAACCUGAGCAAGUUUAUCGAGUUUGAGGGCCGCGACCCGUUCUUGCUGCGCCAGCAAAUGGCCGAACCAGAAUUGACAGAUUGGGAUCGGUUUGCACGGGCAGAGUACGCGCGGCUGGCCAUGGAAGAGGAAGGCCGGGAGAAUGAAAACACGAUGGAGAUUGACACGAUGGACGGGUGGUACGACAGCCAGGACGACGUGGACGUGAUGGAAGCGACCGACGCGGCCGCGGCGACGAUGACGGCUGACACCAGUAGCAACGACACUAGCGGCAAUGCCAGUAGAACAAGUGCGGAAGCGCCGUUUUAGGCGACAGCAGGACGGGAGACAGACCCGAGAUAGAGUAAUAUGAUUAUCACGAACCCCGUGAGAACUCGA